GCGUGUGAUUUAUUUCGUAAAAUGACUACUGUGCAAAAUAAUAUUAUAACAUUUGUGAUCACAUGCGCGGAUGGUUCCUGCCUGUGCAAAAUUGUGAACAACCAUAUCUUCCCCAUUCCCAGCAUCGUGCACACUCUGUCCUGGAGGCAAGAGGGAAGCACGCUGACCAAACAAGUGUGUGGACUGGAUUUAACCACGUUCAAUUUGCACAGGUGGUUUAAAAUUCUUAUCCCAUCCGACACAAACAAUAGCUAUAUCACUAGCUUUAUCUUCAAAACGAGACUCGUCGUCGAACAGAAGCGCAAAUGCAAACUUGCAGCUGGUUACGCAUGGAUCUAUCCCAAUGAUAUGGUCAAACACCAAUCCAAUGCUACCAUUGGCAGUACUGUACUUCUAGAUUUUUUCCCACGUACCAAAGAUCUCAUAAACUAUAAAAACUACUCCGAUGAGCUAUGGGAGGUUGGUAUUAUGAUUGAGGUGACAGCAGGUUCUUUACUUUGGAAGAAUUAUGCUCCAGCGGAACAGCACGUAAAUGGGUCUGUUAUCAUUCCGGUUCAAAAUGCAAUUUUCCACGAUUUCUACAGCUCAUGUCUGCCCAGCAUUCUUAUGUCAAAAUUUCAUUUCAUGGCUUUCAUGAAGAAGUUUGCCAUAUCAGAUAGUUGGCUCGCACACUUGUUUCGGGCCGCCGAUUUGCAAGACCUGGGAUUUCUUUCCUAUCGCGAUAUAGCCAAGAUCUUAGUAUUGAUAGAUCCCGAAACGGAACACGCAAAGCAAGCUGCAGAAAUGCGUAAAAAGUAUCUCUUUCAAAUGUUUGAUAGGGACCGAGAUUCAUUUUUGGUCAAAGACGACCUGGAAGCUCUGAUUGAACUUGUCAGACAACCAAAUGAUUUUGAUAUUCGGACUUGUCUCAUUGCUAUGAAAAUGAACCAAUCUGGUAAAAAAAUGGCUUUUGAGGACUUCACGAAGAGCAUCGAUACGUUGCUUCCAGCGGGUCUUUCAGCAUGUAUGCGAGCAUGCAGGACUUGUCGUUCGAUUUAUGCUGACGCAAAAUCACCGAGUGGGAAAACUAUAACGGAUUCCACAAUAAAUUUCGGAGCUCGAUAUCGCAUGCAGUUGGAGAAACGGAAGGAGUUCAUCAUCAGUUCGCAUACAUUACACGUUAUGAAAAGCAAAAAUAUCAUCAACAUUGUAAACGUGUGGAACUUAAAAGAUAUCUGCAGUUACGAUACAUUGAGGCAAGCAGGUAUCACUAAAGAUUUGCGCAAGUUUUCCUGUGAAAUCAACUCGCCAGCUCUGAUAUUCAACGAACAACUCACCAACCUACGAUAUUUGACUCAUUUGAAUAAAAUUAACGUAGGAAAAGGAGUCUCGUACGCAGAAGACUUUGAAUGGGGUUCUCUUGAUGCUACUGCAUUUGGUAACAGAUUGAUUAAAAUUUGCGCAUCUACCAAGAAAUUACUCAUGGAUGAGGCUCGGCUAUUGGAACUGAAAGCUCCUGUUUAUGUUAUCGGCUCUGUACAUGGAAACAUAUCCGACUUAACUUCGUUCGAAAAAAUUCUGUGGCCAAGAACUCCGGGACAUUCGCCCGGAUCCAUUUUAUUUCUCGGGAGUUACGUGGAUCGGUCGCCGUUUGGAAUUGAAGUUGUGACUCUUUUGUUCUGUUACAAGUGUAUGUUUCCGAAAAAGAUGUAUUUACUCAGAGGAAGUCAUGAGUUGCGCAAGGUACAAAUAAAGGACUGCUUUCGAAGAGAGUGCCUGCAAAAGUUCGGCUCUACUUUGGGAUUCCAAGUGUGGGACGCAGUGAAUGAAGCGUUUGAUUGUUUACCGGUGGCGGCCGUGGUGGAUGACAAAAUACUCUGUGUGCACAGUGGUAUUCCGCAACCCAUUGUCUGCACGCUGACAAAAUUCUUUAAUAAUGUACCUUGUCCUUUGAGUGAUCCGGAGAAAACAUGCGAACUGGUCUGGGAGUUGUUGUGGAAUGAGCCAGGGCUCAAAAAAGAUGCUGCAAACUCAAAUGAGGUGGAUGGAUUUAUGAGGAAUGCGAAACGAGGCACUGGUUAUAGGUUUUGUUGCGACGCUUUAGAAACAUUCCUGGAGACUAACUUCUAUACGCAUUUGAUACGAUCAAAUGAACCAAUUCCAUGUGGGUAUUCGAUUGCGGAUAAUGGACAUGUGAUAACAGUGUUUUCCUCAUCGUAUUACAACAAUGAUGCUGGAUGUCUCAUACUCGACCGAGGGCAAAUUCGUGUUAUUCGUUUAGGCACUAAUCAAUAUUAGAACACAGGUAGCGAUUUAUCCGAUUUAUUUAAAUUUAUUGUACAAUGUAUUGCACAUUAUAUUGCUCAUUAUACUGAACAUUAUAUUGCACAAUCUGA